AUGGCAGCGCCUGCUAAUCUUUAUCCCGGGCUGAACGAAGUCAGCGACGUUCUUGAAGAGAUGCCCUUGGAGGUUUCUCGUUAUAUGACGCUGCUACGCGAAAUCGAUGCCAAGUGCAUACACACCGUUCCGGAGCUAAAUGGCACCAUCGAACGGUUUUUGGACGAGAAAUCGGGUGAAGGAUCCUUGCAAGACAUGAAUGGGCUGUUUCAGGAGCUGAUGCCGUCGUUAGAAGAAAAAAUGCACGUUUCUGCCCUGGCAUAUGAAUCGCUCAGUAGGCUCACUGCACGGUUGGAACUGGCGUACGAAGUGGCUAUCAAAAACACAGAAAUCCCACCAAAAAUCAGACUCGGCAACGACGACCAUCCGGCGAUGCAUCUUCAUCACGAACUUAUGGCCAAAAUCGACUCCAAGACUAACAGCAAGUCGUCACAAGCGUUGAAAAGCGAGUCUCGGCGUGAGGCCAUGGCUGCUCGAAGAACAGGACCCCAGGGCGCGGUUCCGCAUUCGGAAAGUGGAUUUGGAGGUCCUGGGGGUGUAAAUAGCGCAGACAACAUCACUGACGGAAACGCUGGUAACAAUAGCCCAGGCCCACACUACGAGGCCUCGGGGGCUUCCGACGGGCGUAAAAAGCGGGCUAUCGGUAACGCUGGCACUAGUAAUAGCGCUGCCGGCGCUGCUUCGGCUACUGGCGCGGGCCAACAUAAUCAGCAUCAGCACCAGCACCAGCACCAUCACGGUCACUUCAGCGGUGCCAAUCAGGCCUCUACAUCGCAGCAGGGUCUUUCACGCAACGCUGGCGGCGGAGCGGGUUCAUCGGACCUCAAACGACGCAAACGAAAGCCCAACACCAAGGACGAUUACCCUCAGAGGUCCAAGACUAACGAGUAUGGGGAAGCUCUCUACUGCUACUGUAAUCAAGUGGCAUAUGGCGAGAUGGUUGGCUGUGACGGUGAUAAUUGCAUACUCGAGUGGUUUCAUUUGCCCUGCAUCGGUCUCGAGACCUUACCCAAGGGGAAAUGGUAUUGCAACGAUUGCAAAUGA